AAAAAAAGAAAACAAAAAAAGACAGAAAAAAUAAAGUAUGGUUGAUAUUGCAGCAACUCCCAUCCAUGCUUAAAGAUGAGAGAGAAUUAAGAGAGAGAGAGAGAGAGAGUGGAGGAGGUUUGAGAGAGGGUUUAGGUCUACCAACUGGUAGUUAGGGAUUGAACUCCUUAACCAAACACAUCAAUCAACAGAAAGAACCAGGCCAAGCAACCACAAAAACACCAUCAACAACAACUAGUAGGAAAGGUAUGGAAAAGGAAAGAGAAAAACCCUUAAAACAGAGAGAAAAAACAAACCUUUAGAGGUGUUUUCAAGUAGAGAGAGAGAGGGGGGAGAGAGAGAGAGAGGGGACGUUGGUGUAUGUAAAUUCUCACGUGGGUAUACGGAGAAGAAGAGAGAAAGAGUAAAGGGGUGAUGAUUUUUUGUACUUCGGACUUCAAUUUGUAAAGUUUUGUCAUCUGGGUUUCUAUCUUUCCCUUUAUAGAGAGAGAGAGAGAGAGAGAGAGAGAGAGAGUUGGGUAUCGGGAUCGGUAUGUUUCCAUCGGAUCGGAGCUUUUCUGUUCCCCAGAAGAGACAACUGUUUGCUGGCUUUCAGGUAUUUAAUUGUAAAUUAACUUGAGGCAUGAUUUAAGGCUGAAAUGGCUACAUUUUUCCCUAAUUCAAGUGACCAAAGAGAAGCUGCUCCGAUGAUUUAUUCAAGGGAAUCAUUGCCAAGUUCUUAUUCAGAAGCCCCAGUUAUUUCAGCUAAUAUGAUGAUGUAUAUGAACUACCUAUCUUCUCCUGGGUCGGACACAUUAGCCACGACUUCCCAGCAAAAUAGUUGUAAUGACAUUCCUCCUGUGGGUGAUUCUGUUUCUAACCAUUUUGGAGGAUCGCGAAUGGGAGAGCACGAUUUUCACGAAUGGGGGAAUGGUAGAAGUGAAAUGUCAUUUAUGCCCCCAAUGGGCGGUGCCACCGGCCUUCUUCAAAGUAUGCAAAAUUUGCAGGGUCAAGGAUUAUCACUCAGCCUAAGUACUCAACUCCCAUCAGCAAUGCAAAUGCCUUCUAUUGACUAUAGAAAUCCUAAUUCGGGUUUCUCUGCAUUCUUGAAUCCUAAUCUGUCAAUUUCAGGCGAGGGAAGUGGAAAUUCGGAUAAUAUGAAAUCAGGUAUUUCUCCUUAUGAAAUGUCGAGUAUUUCAAGAACAGUUCCCAAUUCGAAGUACUUGAAAGCAGCUCAGCAACUCCUUGAUGAAGUAGUUACUGUCCGCAAAGCUCUGAAGCCUAAGGAGUCUAAGAAAGACCAAAUGAAAGGCUCGAAUGAAGGUGAUGGCGGAUCGAAAGAUGAAACUUCAAACCCGCAACAAGAGUCUGUCAAUGACUCCCCUAAAGACCUUCCUGCAGCUGAAAGACAGGCUCUGCAGGACAAGUUGACGAAGCUUUUGUCCUUGCUGGAUGAGGUUGAUAAAAGGUACAAACAAUAUUACCAUCAAAUGCAGAUUGUGGUAUCUUCAUUUGACGUUAUAGCAGGAUGCGGAGCAGCAAAACCCUACACAGCACUUGCCCUCCAGACUAUCUCCCGCCACUUCCGUUGCUUGCGUGAUGCCAUAACUGGCCAGAUUCGAGUGUUAAGAAAAAACCUUGGAGAGCAAGAUACUUCAGAUAAUGGCAAAGGGGUGGGAAUAUCUCGCCUUCGCUAUGUGGAUCAACACCUUAGGCAACAGAGAGCUCUUCAGCAGCUUGGCAUGAUGCAACAACACGCGUGGAGGCCGCAAAGGGGAUUGCCUGAGAGCUCAGUUUCUAUUCUCCGCGCUUGGCUAUUUGAACACUUCCUUCAUCCUUACCCUAAGGAUUCUGAUAAGAGCAUGCUAGCAAGGCAGACGGGCUUGACAAGAAGUCAGGUCUCAAACUGGUUUAUAAAUGCACGGGUGCGUCUCUGGAAGCCCAUGGUUGAAGAGAUGUACAAAGAAGAGACCGGUGAUGCCGAGAUGGACUCUAAUUCUUCAUCUGAAGGCGAACCUAAAGCAACAAAAGGUGAUAUCACUGCAUGUGAGGAUAGAAAUGAAGAUUUCAAACAAAGUGCAACUUCUGUACCCACCGAGCGACAUGGAACCGGACAAUACCUCGACUCGAAGCACAAUCUCAUUCCCCAUGGGGAAAUGGUGGGAACUGAAACUGAGUAUGGGGUAUUGAGGUCGAAGGGGGAGCAAAGGCUUUGUUUGGAUGACAGUAAUCUCUUUCCGAACACCAUUGUUCAGUCUGAUGGAGGUAGUGGGAGGUUUAUGAUCUCAGAGUUGGGAAGCUUUGGAAAUGGAAAUGGGGUUUCUCUCACAUUAGGACUCCAGCAUCGUGAGGGUGAUGGAUUCCCAAUGACCGUUGAUACUCAUCACGGUUUCGUUACCAUGAGAGGGGAUGAGGUCUAUAACACUGCACCGUCUUCGGUGAGUCCUCAGACAACAGAUUUUGACUGCAUGGAUUCCGGAAACCGGUCUCAAAGGUUCGGUUCCUCGCAUAUGUUCCAUGAUUUUGUAGCAUAAGAAAUGUUUGAUGGGAAAACUGGUUUGGUGAAUUUUUGUGCUCCUCUGGAGUGAAGAAGGGGGGACUAGGCUUCAAAGGGGUUAGAACCUUUGCAUAUAAGGUAUAUGGAACACGGAUGUACUAUGACCAAAGAUUUGGAAGGUUAGAAUAUUUGUAAAGAUAAGAUGCUUAUUUUUUUUGUCAUAUAUAGGCUGCAGGAAUUUGUAAGAUAUAUAUUGCUUCAACUUUGGGGUUGGGAAUAAAACACUGGAUCGGCUUGGGUAACAAA